CAGCCGGGCUAGCCAGCAUUGGAUUUUCAAACACACUCAAACACCGUAUUCAGCCAAAAGCAAAGCCGUGAACAUGUGGCUUUUUCGAAACUAUCACCAACUGUCAUUGGAUUGCGGGGACGUAGAGUACUCGGAAAUCGGCAGGAUUUUAAAAUCGCUGAAUUUCGAAUGCAUUUACGUGAAAGGUGAGGAAAAACGUGUGAUCAUUCAAGAUUUCAUUCCGCGAGUCAAAAUCAUCGAGAUGGGGACGGAUUUAGAGUGUCCGAGGCUCAAUCAACUACAACCUGCGCGUACAGCCGGAAAUAUACAUCGCGAACUAAGAUUGCCGUGCUGUAUAUAUCAUAAGGAUUUAGAUUAUACACAGUGUACAUAUAAUAGAGUUUUUGUAUUGCUAACAUGGUUUAAAAAUAAUAUGUAAAAAUAAUAUAUUAUGUAAUUUAAGUGCUUUAUAUAUUAUAUUUUCAAAAUAAACAUAUAUUUAUACAUUAUCAUGUUUGCGUAUAUUGACUUUUAUUACGCGCGAGCGCGCACACACACACACACACACACAUAACUCUAUACAUAAUAUACUCGACUUGUGCCUGCUGUGACUAGGUUCACACGCACAUUCUGAGACCUAUCCUUUUUAAAUAAUACAUGGAAUAAUAUAAUUUCUUUUCUAUAAGCGAUAUUAUUACGAUCUCUGAAUAACGGUUUACCGUAAAAAGGGUAUUUUCCCACAAAUAAUUGUAUUCAUAAUCGUCAUCUGGAUGUGCGUUAUCCCGAUGACGGUCGGCGCAUUGGCCGCCCGCGUCCGAGACAACGCGACCCUUAGACGCGGUCCGUCUUAUUUUCUCUAGCCUUCAAACUAUAUUAUAAUAUUAUAUAAUGCGAGCAUAUCAUUCGUCUUGCCCUAUGUUGGGCAUUAUAGUAGAGGGAGGCGCGUGUACUGAUAAAGAAAAUUAUUUUAAAUGCUGGAGCUUAAUGCUCACCGGACGAUGAUCAGUCGUGUUUUUUUCCCUGAACGAAGCAGUCAUCUCGUCCUUACAUCAUCUCCGCUAACAGUCAGUGCACUUGAUUUUGAACGCCGUCUCCUUGUUGUACAAUAUAUAAAUUCUGUAACCAUCGCAUUUACCAGUUACCAUCAGCAAGAUUGUCAUCGCCGCAUCGCUCCGAGCCAAAGUUUUUUCCGUAAGCAGACUACCGCAGAUAAAUUUAAAAUGGCAUUCUUAUCGGCACUUAAGCAACAGACAAAUGUGACAAAUGCAUCGAUCGCGGAUUUAAGACUAAAUGUGCCGUAUCCGGUCACUACAAUGAAGGAGGUCAAUACUAAAUUUGGAACUUCGAUCACCUGCACAUUGAGGGAUCCGGACACGGAUGGGGCCAUCAACGUAUUUUUACCCAAGUCGAUAUCGCUGAGCGCCGAAGAAAUAAAUGCAUAUAACGCAGGGAACGUGCCGCCGGUAUCGCUAAUAUACAAAGGGAAAAACCGCGGUCGUUUUAACAUUGAUUUUGAAUAAUUUAAAACACUAAUAAAAAAAAAAAAAUUUUUUUUUCUUAAUUCUUGUUUAUAUUAAUUUAUCUUCAAUCCUAUAAUUUUUUAAAAAACAAAUGUAAGCGUAUUUUACAAAGGUUGGUAUAUAAUACACAUUUAACAAGUUGUAUUAUAAUAUACAAUUAUCCGUUUUGGAAUAA